UUACCAUAGCAAACUCGGGGGUCAUGGACGACACAUGGCGAUCACUCAACGCUUACUAUUAACUCGUCUUUUUAUCACUCGUGUCCAUCUUCCUCACAGUUUAUGAGUCUCUACGAGUCCACGAGUGACUGGAGGGUUUAGUUAUGAGGUCAAGAAGAGGAGGCAUACAGAGAGGUACUAAUGCAAAGUUGCUGAACUGAAGUGAGAAGAAUAUGGAAAGAUAAUGGUGGUGCCAAAAAGUCUACAGAAUUUCUUGUGCUUGUGAAGUGAACACUGUGUCUCAAAUGGUUUCGUAGUACAAAAGUAUUGUGACUCAACAAAAUCAUGAUACUGAUCUCAAACCAUAGAUAACAAUAAUCUGUGCUACUGUAGAUUUCUCAGUAUUUCUGUAUCCCUAAAACAAAUUCCAAAAUGGCCUCCUGGUUGCUCACCGCUAACCUGGAAUCUGCGAAGCCACAGGUGAUGCCCCCUCCAUCAGCCUUUGCUUUCCCAUAUGGCCAGUCUGAGGUGUUUGAGGGAGAGGAGAGUCCAGCAGCCAGCGGGACGAGUGGGUUUGGCCUUGGCACAGACAAAGUGGGCGGAUUCAUGGCUUACGCCCUCGACCCAACACAGCCGAAAAUGAAAAACAAGAAUAUUGAGAAGAAGAAAGGAACUCUGCACAAAAGAAGGAAACAGAUUAAUAAAAUCUUGAAGACUAUGCAAGAUCAGCAGAAAAGGAAGACGUUGUUGCAGGAGAGACAGACCAUUGUAAGGGAACUGAAAAGACUAACAGAAUUAGAAUUUACAGCUCCUCAGGUACCACCACAUAGCCCACCUAUUGACAGUGCUUCUGCCUGUAGUGACCAUUCCCACAAAGAAAACCAGAUGAAAGGCAGUGAUACUUCUAACACGCAACCAGUAACUGAUCCCACAUACAAUGCACAAUUAACCACAGGAAGCGCAAGCCCAUGUAAAGUGAAGAGUAAAAGAUCUCUCAGGAAGCGUAGGAGAGAAGUGUACGAACUACUUAAUAACAGCCUUCUGACAAAGAAGAGAAAAACUGAGCUAGAACAGGAGCUCGCCGAUAUAAAUAGUGUAUUAAAGAAACCUAGAAAGACAGUCUUUGAUGAAUUAGAUUUUCUGUAUGCUGAGCAAUUAUUUGGCAAUGUUGAAGAAGAGCAGAAUCAUGAUGUUGACCAAUAUAUACCAAAUCCAGAAGCUGUUGAGCCAGUGCACAAUAACAAUACUUUUGAAUUUAAAAGGACUAGUAAGCAGACAGCCAAGUGGAAUAAUAGCCCAGACGCCUUUCCCCAACGAGGAAACCAAGAUGCUAAUGGAACACACUUGGGAGAGGCUUAUAAGGAGUCAUUUAGAGAUUAUUUUAAUGGCAAUCCUGCAUAUGCAGAUCACUAUGAUAAUUCCUUUGAUGAAGAGCAACCGCAUGGAAGCCAUGAAGAGCAUUUUGAGUCAAGACUUAAUCCAGGGUCUCACAUCAUUAAUCAGGUUUUGGCAGAUGAUUGUAGAAGGCAUCUAGAAAGCAUAGGAUUCGUGGUAAGUGAUACAGAUGGUCAGAUAUCAUUGAUACCAAGACAACAGAGGGAAAGGUCCCCAGAUCUUCCUUUAAGAGAGGGAUCACCAGGUCUUCCCAACAGAGAAAGGCCUCCAGACUUCUACAGGGAAGAGUCACCAACCCAUUCUUAUAGAGGAGGAUCAUCAGACUACCCUUACAGAGAAAGGUCUCCUGCUCUUUCGUAUAGAGGGAGGUCACCUUGUUCUUCUUAUAGAGAAGGAUCACCAUGUCCUUCCUACAGAGAAAGGUCUCCAGACCCCUCCUACCAAGAAGGGUUACCGCCCCCCUUCUAUAGAGAAAGGUCACCAUACCAUACAGAUAGGGAAGUGUCACCAGGCCCUUCAUAUGAAGAAAGAGAAAUGUCUCCCUAUCCAGCAUGCAGAGAAAGGUUCCCAGACCUUUCAUAUAGAAGCCCAUCAGAUAGAGGUUCACAUUCACGAGAUGGUUCCCAGGAGCCAGCACCCACGUCAAGGUUCCGUAGGUAUUCUGGGCACAUGUCAGAUGCUCACGAGGACUUCCACCAGGGGGAUUACUCGCCAAGAAUGGAAGGUCAUUCUCCCUUUCGCGAUCACGGAGGACCAGACCGGUAUACGUCGGAGGAUCGAAGGAAGGAAGAAGAGCAACGUGAAGAAGAUUUACGCAUACACUUGCUGCGUCUCCGGGAACAGAAAGUGGAGAGGAGGUUGAAGGUUCUCGAGCAAGAAACCAAAGAGACGGAAAGCAGGCUUCGGAGGCUGCAAGAAAGGAGACUUUCAGAAGAGUUGGACGACUUCUUGAGGGAGCAGAGCAAGUAUUGGAAGAAAGAAGACAUGGAGAUGGAAAGAACCAAUUUUUCACCACAACAUGGCAAUGAACGCUUUUCACCACAACAUGGCAAUGAACGCUUUUCACCACAACAUGGCAAUGAACGCAUCAGACACGGUCGCAGAAAUCAUCAGAUUUACUUUUAGGCCGUAGAGAAUCAUUGUCUGUGUCAGAGAUAAGUCAUUGAAUCGGAAUUAUUACACAGCUAAAGCAAAAAAUUGAUACACUCUAAAAUAUUAAAUCUAUAUGUUUUCUUGUGCUGAAAGUUUGUGUAUUCUUCUCUUACUUUUGAAAUUCCAAGAAAAGUGAUCAAUUUAAAGUACAAUCUAUUUGUUCCAAAAAAGACAUGAUAUUAAGGGUUGUUAAGGGGACCAUCCCAUGCUGAGAGGGACAUUCAUGUUAAGUGAAUAAGCAUUGGGUUUCAAACAGGCUUUGAAAACCAUCCAAGGAAUUAUCCACAAUAGUAUAAGGUGCUUCAGAUUAAGAUCAAGUUCUACAAAAAAUGUAUGAACGCCGGGAAAUGAGCUGCUUUAAAAGAUUAGGUAUAUUUAUCAUGAAAAAAAUAAGCAGGAAAUCUUUGUAAAAGCUGUAACUGAACACUCUCUACCACUUUAGAUUUUAGCUGUACUGAUGGAGAGGCAUCGAAAGCUGUGGUUGGUUUGAUAUUGGCUCUGAAAUAUGAUUUCCAUCUAACUAGACAAUUUUUUAAUGUAUUUUUUUAUUAUUAUUAUUGUUGUUAUUAUCAUUAUUAUUAUUGUUAUUAUUAUUAUUUUUUAUUAUUAUUAAUAUUAUUAUUAUUAUCAUUAAUAAUAUUAUAAUUUAAUUUAUUGUCAUAAUUUUCUAAAGGAGUUUUGAAGCUUGUGCAUAUUUUUUCUCAUUUUAUCAUGUUACAAGAAUUUACCCAGUCGCCAGGUAUGGCAAGAAUACAUGCCAUGCCCAAUGUAAUACAAGUUUAUUUAUUGUAUUUACACAUAGAUGGAUCUACAGGUGCUCAGUCACCAAGGAGUCAGUUAUUAGGCCUACCUAUCUCACCUGUUAACCCUUUUCCUCGACUAUUGGAAAGGGUCUUUUGCAUUAUUUCAUAGAUGUUAUUGAGAUUUUAAUAACAAUUUAAUAAUCAUAACAAAAAUAACAAUAAUAACAAUAUCGAUGUCAACUGUAUUAAAGAGAAAAACACAUUUUCAUGUCAAUUCAAGGAAUUGGGAAAUCAGGAUUGGUCACUAGAGCCUCCUGAUAAACUCCUUGCCAGCUGAGCACAUGUGGAGCCAUCUGUAAGUAACAUAAUUCACAAAAGACAAAAAACAAACAAAAAAAAACUACAGGGGACAGAAUGUAAAUUUGUGACAGUUGGGUUAAGUGCCUCCAUUCACAGGGAAUUUUUCUUUCUCCAUUUUAUUGAGCUUCCUGUCACAACACGACAUCAAAAGAGAAAUGAAGAGAAUUUGCAAGGGUUAAAUUUAUUGAAUUUCACUCCUCGUAUGGGAUGGUCCUAGCAAAGAUUUUGAUAGUGUUGUUGUAUCUAUUUGAUGUUUCAUUAGAUGCAACCCAGUUAGUUGCAUAAUUAUGAUAAUUUUUAGUUGAUUUAUUCUUUUUUAUUUCUUCUUCUCCUUUUGUUUAUUUAGUUUGGGAUAACCUGUAUAUAUAUAUAUAUAUAUAU